AUGGACGACCCGACCUCGACACCCGCCCAACAGAAACGCCCUCGUGUGGCCGAAGAAAAUCGCAAACGAGCUGUCCGAGCAUGUGAUGGUUGUCGCAGAGUGAAGGAGAAGUGCGAAGGUGGUGUGCCAUGUCGCCGCUGCCUGCGUUAUCGUCGACAAUGCAAUUUCACACAUAUAGAACCGACCGAGAAGACCCGUUCGACCUCUGUAUCACUAUUGGAUCGAGCUGCCUCGGUGAGUCGGCAUGAAAUCGCGGAGGCAGAGCGUGUGCGCUGUAUGGAGCGCCUUCUUGCACACUACGUUCCCAAUAUCACUUUCGACAUCCAGUCUUUGCGACAGGCGGCCGACGAACUGAACGCCAAACGCCGUGAUUCGGAGUCCGAUGUACUUUCCACCAAGGUCGAUGCCAAUGAGCUAGAAGACCUUGCGAUUGAUGAAGAGGACUUUACAAUUAAGGCGCUCCCGGAUAAUACAACUCAAUAUUCUGGAGAGUUCUCAUAUUUGAACUUCUCGGAGAAAAUCCGAAAGAAAAUUGACGGCUGGAUGAAAACUGCAGCUCCAGAUGCCAGCACAGAAGUCGAGCCGUUUGAGGAUCGAUGGCGAGCCACUCAACUUCAGUCCGCAUCACCUUUAGUGUCGGCAUCGAUUACUUGUCUGCCGCCGCGCUAUGUAGCCGACUUUCUCGUCCAGAUCUUCUUCAAGUAUGCACAGACGAAUAACUUUUAUGUGGAAGAGGAUUGGCUUUGUGAAAAGCUAAAUAUUUGCUAUACCAAUCCAUCUGACCUAUCCUCCGAUGACGCCGGUGCGGUUUGUGCCAUUCUCAUGGUGCUGGCGGUUGGUACUCAGUUUGCGCAUAUGGAAUCGUCUACGCCGGUCAACUGCAUUCCCUCGGAUGCUGCACAAGAUCACCAUUUCUCGGAGGAUGAGGUCGGUUUGACAUUUUAUCAGUUUGCGUCGAAACUCUUGCCAGAUAUUAUUGCGACUGCAUCUGUGCGCAGUGUGCAAGCUUGCCUGCUGAUCGGAACAUAUCUCCUGCCUCUGGAUACAUCAGGACUGUGCUAUACAUACUUUGGCCUGGCACUCAAGCUUGCUAUUCAAAAUGGAAUGCACCGAAGAUAUCAUGGAGAAGGCCUUUCGCCACGCAUGAUUGAAACCAGAAAUCGCGUGUUCUGGACAUCAUACACGAUUGAGAAGCGGAUCAGUAUUCUGCAUGGCAGACCAGCAUCAUUAGCCGAUGCCGAUGUCGAUGCACCAUUCCCCAUUGAUUUCCCUAGCUUGAUGCCAGCUUCGCAACCUUCAAACCAUACGAAUAUGAUUGCCCUUAUUACACUGACAUUAAAACUUGGCCAAGUGUCAAAUGAGAUUACCUUUCUCCGAACGUGUCCCAAAGGGCAACAGCAAGAUUGUCUUGAAAGGCUGCUGAAUAUCCGAAAACAUCUGAUUGAAUGGUGGUCCACACUACCGGAAGAGUCAAGCUGCCGCGACCUCAACCCCAGCGGAGUCCUCUUCCGCUCCAACGUACACCUGAAACUCGAUUACUGUCUCACUCGGAUAUUUAUCGGCCGGCCGUUCCUCUUCAGUAAUAUAAGGGCUCUUUCUCAAACACCUACCGCUUUCAAGGGCCCAUCGGGAAUAUCCAAGAGUCGAGCAACCCUUGUCACAGACUGCGUCGAAGCGGCUCUGGAAAUUAUCGACCUGUGUCGCCUUCUCCGAGACGAAACUGGGCUCGCUCGUGCCUCUUUCACUGAGUUCAGCUCAUGUCGUGCGGCACUCCUAGUGAUUCUAGCCCAAGGCUUAGCAAAACGGACCGAACGUCUCGGUGCAGCUCUCGAACAGGGCAUCUCUCUGAUCAAGAUUAUGUCGAUGGGCGUUGGCUCUGCACGCUCAGCUGUUAGCGUCAUCGAAGCUCUCGAACGCGCUAUCCGUCGUCUUGAGAUGUGGAGCGAAUCUCAACAGACACAGAGCAACGGAAACAGCAUGGAAUCCGCCUACGAUCGGUUCAAGAAUUGGGAGAUGCUUUGGAAGACCGGUCCGGUGUCACCUUCCACCAUGGCAUGGAAACAGCAAGAAGCAUAUGAUUCUGCUGUCCAGCAAGGCGUAGGAUCACACCCAACCCCUGGGCCAUCUGUCGCCGGCGCCGUCGGUUCAGGCAUUUCCAUCACAUCGCCCAGUCUCCCUCUACCCCCUAGCACUGCCGAUUCCGAGCAUGGAAUUGGUGGAAUGGAUCAAGACUUGCUGGAAGGAAACAUGCCGACCAGUGGCCUCUCUGCGUCGGACAACUUUUCCCUGUCACACCCGUCUCUUACUCAAAUGCCCCACUUUGGCUUUGAUCAUUUCGUUUCCAACUUCCCGCAGGAGUUGGGCGAGUUCACUGCCAUUCCAUGCUUUGAACCGGAUAAUCAAGGUAAUACUCCAGGUCUUGUCGGCACUGACCUCAAGAAUCCUUCAGGCAAUCCCGAUUCGCAUUGGUUACAGUUCAUGAAUGAGUGA